UUAACAAAUACAGUGUACUCUGCUCUGGUUGAAGACAUUAUUGAAUCCCCAAUUCCCAAACGUGACAUAAAUUUCAGUUACACGUCAUAUCUUCUGGCUUGAUCGAAAGUACAGAUCUGGAGUCAUGGAGAAUGAAGGCACACUACAAGACGAUCGACCAACAUCGCCAAACCGUGCAGACGAUCUUUUUGAUUAUGACUUCGGCUUGGAUGAGCUGCGGCAGGAGACGCCGAAUAUGCCAAAUAAUGGCGCUCCCAUGCAGUCUUCUGCACGAAAUGAAUCAGGACUCGGUUUAGGUCUAGACGAAGAGGUCAAAGUGACCAAAAAGCGGCAACCUGUUGCAAAGCUGGAUGAGAGUCGCCUACUGUCACAGCCUGGUAUUCCAAAGUUGCGCCGCACAGCCAAGAAGAAAUUGAGAUUCAAAGGGAAAGGGCAUGAGUUCUCCGACGCGGCACGCUUGUUGAACUUCUACCAAUUGUGGCUUGACGACUUAUUCCCCCGUGCAAAGUUCGCGGAUGGUCUUGCCAUAAUUGAGCGACUCGGCCACUCUAAACGCUUACAAGCGAUGCGAAAGGAAUGGAUAGACGAGGAAAAGCCGAAGGUCACGUCAGAAAAUCAUAAUGAUGCCCUGCAAGCCUCCGAAUCAUCAGGAAGUCGGUCGGAUGAUCCUGUUGUAGCAUUUGAUGGUCUCAACAUGGCGGAUACAAAACGAUCGAGAGGGGAUAUUGCUGGUGACCAUACGUCUGAUGCAGAGGGGAUGCAUAUUGAAGACACUUUGAGUUCUUCGCGACAACGCGGAUUAGACGAGGGGCUCUUUAUGACAGAUGAUGAUGAUGUCGCGCAGCAGCCCGAUAACCUGGGAGCACCCGACGACGAUGAAUUGGAUGCACUUUUAAAAGAACAAGAGCUACUCCUGAUGAACAAUGCCUCUGCCUGAAGCCAAUGGCCAACACGUUAUCGAAAGCCCCUUUGAAUAGGAAGGUUCGAAGGAUUAGUUGCAUGACCUAGAAUGAUUACCGGCAAGGACUUCCCUCCCAUCGUAGUCUCGGGGAUGGAGUUACAGAGCUGACUUAUCAAAGAGUUCAAUUCUACAAAUUCCUAGUAUAACUUGCGUU